GUCUUAAAUAACUUUGGUCUUAAACCUGGUCACUGCGUGGAGGUGGAGGGAUUCAUUCCAGAAGGCUUUAAACAGUUUUCCAUAGACUUGGGAACAGAUGCUAAGAAUUUGGUGCUGCACUUUAACCCUCGAUUUGAUGCCCUUGGGGACAAGCACAAGAUAAUCUUGAACUCGAUGGUGGACAAUGUCUGGGGAGCAGAGCACAGGAAAAGCUUCUUCCCUUCCAGGAGGGGUCAGACACCAUGGUACAUCUACACUGGGAGGGGCAGAACAAAUGUUGGAUAUGGCAAGGUGGCAUCACUGUACAUAUUGGACACAUAA